UGAUCCCCUGUGUAAGAGUGAGGUGGAGGAGGACAUUCCAGUCCAUGUGACCACAGAAAAUCUCAGUAGGAACGCUGAAGAAAGCGUCAUGUUAUCACAGAAUUACAAAGUAGAAGAUGAAGAUCUCGUGCAGUGCUCAUCACAAGAAAACCUCACUACCAGAAAUGUACAUCUUGGACUUCAUAAUACAGAUCUGUCAUAUUAUCCGGCUAAGUGUGAGGAACCUUCUCCUGACCAAUUACAGAUUGGUGCCACAAGUACAGAUCAGAAAGAGGAAACAAGUUUUCAGUGCUGGGAAUGUGGAAAACAGUUUCCAUACCGCUCAGGUCUUCUUAUGCACAGAAGAAUUCACACAGAAGCAAAACUGUACUCCUGUUCAGAAUGUAGGAAAUGUUUUAGGGACAAACCAAGGCUUGUUGCCCAUGAGAAAAUUCACUCAAGGGAGAAGCCAUAUUCAUGUUCAGAAUGUGGGAAAUGUUUUGCAAAUAGAUCACAACGCGUUACCCAUGAGAGAAUUCACACAGGAGAGAAGCCGUAUUCAUGUUCAGAAUGUGACAAAUGUUUUACACUGAAAUCACAUCUUGUUAUACAUGCAAGAAUUCACACAGGGGAGAAGCCAUAUUCAUGUUCAUUGUGUGGGAAGUGUUUUACAAAUCAAUCAAAUCUUGUUAUACAUGAGAGAACUCACACUGGAGAGAAGCCGUAUUCAUGUUCAGAAUGUGGAAAACGUUUUGCAGUUAAAUCAAGUCUUUCUGCACAUCAUAAAACUCAUACAGGAGAGAAGCCAUACACAUGUUCUGAAUGUAGCAAAUGUUUUCCUGAUAAUGCACAACUUGUUAGACAUAUGAGAGUUCACACAGGAGAGAAACCGUAUUCAUGUUCAGAAUGUCAGAAAUGUUUUACAAAUAAGUUAAAUUUGGUUAUACAUGAGAAAAAACACAAAGGAGAAAAGAUGUAUUCAUGUUCAGAAUGCGGAAGAUAUUGUUCAGAUAAAUGGAGUCUUGUUAGACAUGAGAGAAUUCAUACAGGAGAGAGGCCGUAUUUAUGUUCAGAAUGUGGGAAAUGUUUUACAGACAAACCAAGUCUUGUUACACAUAAGAAAAUUCACACAAGGGGCAAGCCAUAUUCAUGUUCAGAAUGUGGGAAAUGUUUUACAAAUAGAGCAAAUCUUGUUAGACAUGAGAGAAUUCACACAGGAGAGAAGCCUUAUUCAUGUUCAGAAUGUGGAAAAUGUUUUACAAAUCAAUCAGGUCUUGUUGUACAUCAUAGAAUUCAUACAGGAGAGAAACCAUAUUCAUGCAUAGAAUGUGGGAAAAGUUUUGCAGGUAAAUCAAGUCUUUCUGCACAUCAGCAAACUCACACAGGAGAGAAGCCAAACACAUGUUCUGAAUGCAAGAAAUGUUUUACUUACAAAUCACAACUUGUCACACAUAAGAGAGUUCACACAGGAGAGAAGCCGUAUUCAUGUUCAGAAUGUGGAAAAUGUUUUAUUUCUACAACCAGUCUUAAGAAUCAUCAGAGAAGUCACACUAGAGAGAAGCCAUCUUGAUGUUUUCUAUAUAAAAAAUGUUUUUAUUAAGAAAUCAAAUUUUGAAACACAAUUUUGAGAAUUCACACAAAAAAAUAAUUAUUAUUAUGGAACGUGGUAAAGAGCAACAAACAUUGGGUGUUUUGGGGAGGUAAAAUUAGCCUGGCCCUUCCAAGCACCCAAAUUAUAUUUACUUAAGAUCAACAGUGACCGCGAUCCAUGCAGGAAAAGCAUUGUGGAUAUAAGGAAGAAAAUAACAGCCUUGUCUAUUGUCAGAGCAGUGAAGAUGACUUAUCCCCAUGAACCUUGCUUCUUCUUACCUCCACCCACACUGCAGGAGAGUCCAGAGGGACACAGUUGAAAAGGAUGGACACCAAAUGGAUUUUGUAUUUAUUUUUUUACAUGCUGCCAUAUCAAUACUUUUUCUUUAUUCAAGCAGUAAAUAAUGGUAAUGGAAUUAAAUGAUAUGGUAAUAGAAAAUUGAAUUUGCAAAAAUUUGUCACACAACUUAAA